AUGGCUGAACCUGUACCAAAUCAAAAUGUUCCUGAACCUCAACAAAAUGUAGCUGAACCUAGAAGAUCACAAAGAACUAGGAAGCCAACUUUUGGUGGUCAAAAUAAUAUUUAUGAGGCUUAUCUGCAAGAAGUUGAGAGCACUUUAGCAGAUGAUAAUGACCCUAUAAAUUUUAAGCAAGCUGCAGAAAGUAAUGAGUCAAAACAAUGGAAGAAAGCCAUGGAUGCAGAGAUUGAAUCCAUGUAUAAUAAUGAAGUGUGGGAGCUUGUGAAGCCAGAUCUAAAUCACAAGCCUAUAGGCAGCAAGUGGGUGUUCAAAACUAAGAGAGAUGCCAAGGGAAAUAUUGAGAGACAUACAGCAAGGCUUGUGGCUAAAGGGUUCACACAAAAGGAGGGUAUAGAUUUUACAGAAACAUUUUCACCAGUUUCAACUAAGGACUCUUUUAGAAUCAUAAUGGCUCUUGUAACUCACUAUGAUAUGGAUCACAUCAAAUGGAUGUAA